GGGUUAUCCUCAUAAAAAUAAUGAUAUAUGUAUAUAAAAGAGAUAUGAAUUUAAAUGGUACUUGUUUUAACGCGUCUCCGAAAUUUCCCACUUUUCCGGGUCUAAGAAAAGAUUGGACAACAAGAACCCCUAUUCGACCACAAUUUUCAAGAUGGCAAGCGAGACUCUACCGCAAAGCCUUGGAUUUCUUACUGACGCCGCUCAUCUUCUCGUAAAGACGGCACCUGAGACCUCGGCGUACCUUAUGACGCGGCGGAACUCGCUCAUAUUCCACAAUGGUUUAGAGCAGUCGGACUUGCAAAGACAACAUGUGUGCGGUGCUUGUGGACAUAUCAUGAUCCCCGGUCAAGGGAGCGAGCUAAAGAUAGAGACAAAAAUGAACUCCCAGCGAAAAAGAUUGAAAAGGAAGUACGAUGCCUCCAAGGUUAUAACUGGGAAGAGCACUCCAACAGCCAAACGUCGAAAGAAGUUUACUUGUGGAAUGUGCGGACAGUACACCGAUAUCGUACUUCCGCCCGUAGCGCCUAUAUCUAGGCGUCGUCCACUAAAGCCAACAAAAUCCCUGGGUUUAGGUACUGCUUACCGCAAUGCACCUAUACCCCCCGAGCCAGCUAAAGUCUCAGCAAGUGCUAGCAGCAAGAAGAGAGCGAAGAGUAGAAAACAAGGCCUUCAAGCUUUGCUUCAGCAGGCUCAAUCUUCUGCAUCGAAACCUCAGAGUGGUCUUGGCUUGAGUUUAAGCGACUUCAUGUCAAAAUGAUGUAUUUACUGGGCAGUACCUGGUAUUUGAAGUACUUGGGUUAGGUACCUAAAUUACUUAGGGGUAAUGCUAGGUACCUAUGUACCUAGGUACGUUGCUUACAAAAAGUUGCUAUGGCAGGAGACUUCUCGACCCUUCCAACAGGGGCUAGCAAUCACUAGCUCUCGGGCGAUUGUGGUGCUGUUGUGC